AUGGAAACCUCAUCGGAAUUAUAUGAGGAGGUGAAACUCUUCAGAAAUGCCAGGGAACGUGAGAAGUACGAUAAUAUGGCUGAUUUGUAUGCCAUCAUAAAUACCCUUCAGCAAUUGGAAAAGGCCUAUAUCCGGGACUGCAUCACGGCGGCAGACUACACGGCAGCCUGCUCCAAAUAUUUGGUACAAUACAAAGUGGCAUUUAAGCAAGUCCAAUGCGAUGAAUUUCCCACCGUCGAAGCCUUUGCGAAGAAAUUCCGUCUCGAUUGUCCAGCCGCUUUGGAACGUAUCCGUGAAGAUCGACCCAUUACCAUUAAAGAUGACAAAGGCAACACAUCGAAAUGUAUUGCUGAUAUUAUUGCCUGUUCCAUAACAAUUAUGGACACGCUGCGCAUGAAGAUGAACACAAAGGAUGCCCUGCAUCUGACACUAAAAGAUCUGGUGGAAAACUACAAUUGUCUGUCUAUUAUACCAAAGGACUUUGAGGGUAAAGAGAAAAUGAAUAAUUGGUUGAAAAUGUUGGAUGAAAUGACGGCUUCCGAUGAAUUGACCGAUGCCCAAAGUCGUCAAUUUCUUUUCGAUGUAGAAUCCGCAUAUGCUGACUUUUCCAAGCUGCUGCACAAUCAAUAG